UGUGAUAUUUUGGGUUAUUGAAUGAGAUAGAGAUAGGAGAGAGGAAGAAGAGAGGAAACAAAGAAAGGAAGAGAGAGAGAGAGAGAGAGAGAGAGAGAGAGAGAGAGAGAGAGAGAGAUGGGUUGGCUGUUGUGAUUGGGAAGCAGGGGAUCUGAUAUUUCCUUUUCGCGUUGAAUUCUCCUCUAGCUUUCAGCUUCUUGUGUGAAUCACACAGACACCUUGUGAGAGAUAAAAAAAGAAAGAAAGAAAGAAAGAAAGAUUAAAAGAUUGAAUGGAUGGAUCCCAUAAGAGGAGAACGAGGAAAAGGAGGAGGAGAAGAAGAAGAACAAAGGAGAGUUAACUUCUACUAAUAACCCAUUACUUUGUCGUUGUUGAUUUUGUAUUUCUUUUCUUGGAAAAACAAAAGCUUUCUUUGGUGAUUGAUUUCUCUUCUUUACCGGCAAAGAGCAAAAAGGAGCAAAGUUUGUCUGCUUUUGCUAUCCAAAAUCCAUUCAUUCACACCCUUUAUUGCCAAAUUAUAUUUCCUAAACUCAGAAGUCACAGCCAGAAUCAAACGGAGCUUCCUUGGAUUCUUUCUUUAAUUUUGGUCUGAUAUAGAGAGAGAGAGAGAGAGAGAGAGAUGAGAGCUGGGCUCAGUACGAUUCAGCAAACUCUCACCCCUGAGGCGGCGAGUGUUUUAAACCACUCAAUAGCUGAAGCUAGCCGCCGGAACCAUGGUCAGACUACGCCUCUUCAUGUGGCGGCAACGCUUCUGGCUUCGCCAUCUGGGUUUCUCCGGCAAGCCUGUAUCAAAUCUCAUCCCAACUCCUCGCAUCCUCUCCAGUGUAGAGCCUUGGAACUCUGCUUUAGUGUCGCUUUGGAGCGGCUGCCCACUGCACAGAACCUUAGCCCAGGCCAUGACCCACCAAUCUCCAAUGCGUUAAUGGCGGCACUGAAGCGUGCUCAGGCUCACCAGCGACGAGGCUGCCCUGAGCAGCAGCAACAGCCACUUCUAGCGGUGAAAGUAGAGCUUGAACAGUUAAUUAUAUCAAUUUUAGAUGAUCCAAGUGUUAGUAGAGUCAUGAGAGAAGCCAGUUUUUCUAGCCCGGCUGUUAAGGCCACAAUUGAGCAGUCUCUUAACUCUUCGUCCAAUUCCUCUGCCGCUGCAGCAGCCUCUAAUUCAAACUCAUUUGGAUUCGGGUUUCGCACACCUGGAGCUGUGCCUGUGCCUGUUCCUGUUCCUGCUCCUGCUACGAAUCGGAAUUUGUAUGUGAAUCCCAGAUUGCAGCAAGGGAGUUUAGCGCAAUCUGGGCAGCAGAGGAAUGAGGAAGUUAAGCGAGUUGUUGAUAUUUUGUUGAAGAACAAGAGGAGGAAUCCUGUUUUGGUUGGCGAAUCUGAGCCUGAGAUGGUUCUAAAGGAGCUGCUGAAGAGAAUAGAGAAUAAAGAAAUAGCAGAUGGGUUAUUAAAGAAUGUUCAGGUGAUUCAUUUGGAAAAGGAUUUUCUAGAUAGAACUCAAAUAGCAACGAAGAUUAUAGAAUUAGGGAGUUUGAUCGAGACCCGCACGACAAAUUUGAAUUGCGGAGGGAUAAUUCUUGAUUUGGGUGAUUUGAAAUGGCUGGUUGAGCAGCCGGUGAACUUUGCAGGAGCUAGUGGACUCCAGCAGCAGCAGCAGAUUGUGCCUGAGGCUGGGCGGGCUGCAGUGGUGGAGAUGGGGAAACUUUUGGAGCGAUUUGGGGACAGAAGUAACAGUGGUGGCGGUGGAAGGGUUUGGCUGAUUGGAACUGCUACCUGUGAAACGUAUUUGAGAUGCCAAGUCUAUCAUCCUAGUAUGGAAAAUGAUUGGGAUCUGCAGGCAGUGCCAGUUGCCCCUAGAGCACCUCUUCCAGGAAUGUUUCCGAGGCUUGGAACCAAUGGAUUUCUUAGCAACUCGCUCGAGGCUUUAUCGCCUUUGAAGGGCUUUCCAACUCUUGCACCUACUCAGCCAAGGCGUCUGGCUGAGAACUUGGAUCCUACUCGAAGAACGAGUUGUUGCCCUCAAUGUAUGCAGAAUUAUGAGCAAGAGCUGGCAAAAGUUUUACCAAAAGAAUCUGAGAAAUAUUCUUCAGAAUUUAAAUCAGAUGCAACUCGGCCACUACUGCCACAAUGGUUGAAAAAUGCCAAGUCUCAAGAUUGUGACACCAAAACAUCGGAUCAGACGGUGACUAAGGAUCAAGAAUUAAUGUCGAAGCAGAGGAGUCAAGAGUUGCAGAAGAAAUGGCGUGAUACGUGCUUGCGUCUUCAUCCUGGUUAUCAUCAGUCCAGUGUCAACUCUGAUAGAAUUACACAACCCUCUCUCGCUAUGACAAGCUUGUACAAUACAAACCUCCUUUCUCGGCAACCUUUCCAGCCAAAGGUGGGUUUAAAUAGAAACCUCAGUGGAAGUACACAAUUGAACUCAAAUCUGUUGCCCAGUCAAUCACCUGUUCGAGCAAUUACUCCACCGAGAAGCCCUGUGAGGACAGAGCUGGUUCUUGGGCGGCCAAAGAGCAAUGAACACACUCCCAAGAGAGGCCAUGAAGAACGCACUAAAGACUUUUUAGGUUGUGUUGCUUCUGAGCCACAGAUCAAGUUGCAAGAAUUGGAAACCAACAAGCUUCUAAGUGCAUUAGAUGUGGACUCAUUUAAGAGACUCCUCAAGGGUCUUAUUGAUAAGGUGUGGUGGCAGCAAGAAGCAGCAUCUGCAGUAGCUACAACUGUUACACAAUGCAAAUUGGGCGAUGGUAAACAGCGGAGUAGCGCAUCAAAGGGUGAUACUUGGCUAUUGUUCACAGGUCCUGACAGGGUUGGCAAGAGGAAGAUGGCAUCAGCUCUAUCAGAGCUGGUAUGCGGGACAAACCCAAUAGUGGUAUCUCUUGGUUCACGACGUGACGAUGGAGAAUCCGAUGUGAAUUUCCGUGGUAAAACAGCACUUGAUCGAAUGGUGGAGGCUGUUAAGAGGAGUCCUUUUUCAGUAAUCAUGCUUGAAGACAUUGAUGAAGCAGAUAUGCUUGUUCGUGGGAGCAUAAAGCGAGCGAUAGAGAGAGGCCGACUUUCUGAUUCUCAUGGCCGUGAAAUAAGUCUUGGUAAUGUAAUUUUCAUUCUCACUGCUGAUGGGUUACCAGACAAUCUCGAAUUCUUAUCAAAUGGUGUUUCACUCGAUGAAAGGAAGCUCAUCGGUUUGGUAAGUGGAGGAUGGCAAUUAAGGCUAUCCCUUUGCGAGAAAACAGCGAAGCGCCGAGCCAGUUGGCUGCAUGAUGAGGAGAGACCUACAAAACCAAGAAAGGACUCGGGAUCAGCACUCUCAUUCGACCUUAACGAAGCUGCUGAUGCUGAGGAAGAUAAAGCUGAUGGCUCUCGUAAUUCAAGUGAUCUUACAAUUGAUCACGAAGAUGAACAUGUCCCCAACACCAGAGUACUAACACCAACAGCUUCAUCAGUGUCUCGAGAGCUGAUCAAUUCUGUAGACGAUGAUAUUGUUUUCAAACCAGUGGACCUUGGCCUCCUUCGUUGUGAGGUUUCUAAUUGGAUAACCAAGAGGUUCUCCACCAUUAUCAGUGAAGGAAUCUCAUUUGAGAUUCAAGAGCAGGCGCUUGAAAAGAUUUCUGGUGGCUUAUGGCUAGGUCGAGAAAGUUUAGAAGAAUGGACUGAGAAAGUAUUGGUUCCGAGCUUACGACAGCUCAAAUUAAAGUUACCAACAUCAACCCAAGAAUCAUCCUUGGUUGUUCAGCUCGAAACCGACAGAGAUUCCGGCAGCCGUAGCCACGGUAAUUGGCUUCCAGGAAGUGUCAGAGUGGUAGUUGAUGGACAGUGAGGGUGGAGGGAGGGCAGUCAUUUUCUGUUUGAUAUAGAGAUGUAAAUAUGCUCUACUGUUUUUUGCGGGUGAAAAUUGACAACGGUUGAAAAGGGUAAAAGAGGG